UAUUGGGUUACAGUGUAGCAAAAUGGCGGCUGUCAUUCAGAAUCCACUCAAAGCCCUGGGUGACCAGUUCUACAAGGAGGCCAUCGAGCACUGCCGCAGCUACAAUGCCCGCCUGUGCGCCGAGCGCAGUGUGCGCCUGCCCUUCCUCGACUCCCAGACAGGGGUGGCGCAGAACAACUGCUACAUCUGGAUGGAGCGGCGCCACCGUGGGCCAGGCCUGGCUGCAGGGCAGAUGUACACCUACCCCGCCCGCUGUUGGAGGAAGAAGAGGAGGCUGCACCCCCCCAUGGACCCACAGCUGCGCCUCUGUGAACUGCGGCUUGAAGGGGAGCUGGCGGCCAAGAAGGAGGCACUGGCCUCAGAGAGCACCACCCUGGAGGCACUGCUCCGUGGGGAGGGCCUGGACAAGCGCAGUGCCAGCAAUAGCACUAGGGAGGAGGAAUCCCUGCUGGAGAUUCAGAGAGUCCUGGAGGCGGAUGAGAAUGGAGACGGUUACCAUGACGACGAAGACUUUGAAGUGGACACUCCAAAAAGGAAGCAGAGGAGCAAGGGCCGGGGCCGGGGUUCGGGUCGAAGGAAGACCGAGGCAGCCUCCACAGAGGAUCAGGACAAGCCCUAUGUCUGUGACAUCUGUGGGAAGCGCUACAAGAACCGCCCCGGUCUGAGUUACCACUACACCCACACCCAUCUGGCAGAUGAGGAAGGCGAGGAAGACAGGGACUCCGAACCGUCCCAGUCCCCACCAACCUACCGCUCCGACAGCCACAAACCUCAGAAGGGCCCGGAUGGUGCUGUCAUUCCCAAUAACUACUGUGACUUCUGCCUCGGAGACUCGGGUUCCAACAGAAAGACAGGCCAAGCUGAGGAGCUGGUGUCUUGCUCGGACUGCGGUCGCUCCGGCCACCCCACGUGUCUGCAGUUCACCGAGAACAUGAUGCAGGCUGUGCGCACCUACCAGUGGCAGUGCAUCGAGUGCAAGUCGUGCAGCCUGUGCGGCACCUCGGAAAACGACGACCAACUGCUGUUCUGCGAUGACUGUGACCGAGGCUACCACAUGUACUGCUUGAAGCCCCCCAUGACUCAGCCCCCAGAAGGGAGCUGGAGCUGCCAUCUGUGUCUCGAUCUCUUGAAGGAAAAGGCCUCGGUCUUCACUGAGUCAUAAGGACAGGCAGGGGGCGCUUCCUGGAGACAGCCAGCUACUUGCCUGAACACACACAUGCCAAAUGCAGAUACAUUCCUGUUCACACACAAUGUACAUUUACAUCUAUUCUUUGAGCAGACAUUGCUCUCCAAAGUGACAAACAGUAUUAAUGACUCGUAUUGCGGUGACACUUUUAUCUAAGGUGACUUACAGUGGUAGAUACACUCCACUGUAUUAAACUCAGUGCAGUCAUUCACCUUUUUAUGCAACACACACACUAAACACAGCAACUUUCCUAUUCACACACACUCCAAAACACAAGCUACAUUCCUAUUCACACACACACACACCCACACACCAAAGACAACGACAUUCCUGUUCACACAUUCCUAACACAGCUUCGUUCCUAGUCACACACCCAUACACAUAUGCAUUUGCACACACUUUCAGCAUGGCUGGAUUCCUCUCCACACACUAACUCAAUUUGUAAGCUCACGAAGACACACUCCAGCCAGUACUCACACAGCGCUGCCCUCACCCCCCCCCCCCCCUCCUUAUUCCAACUUCAAUCCGUUGUGCUCCUAACUUUUGAUGUCCUCACACACUUUAUUUGCUGCUUUAAACUGUGCUGGAUGCCACCUUUCUGUAGCAGGUCUAAGUGACUUUAUUCCCCAAAGGAAGCGAUUGGAUAGAGCUGUUAACACACUGUAAAGUGACAUAAUUUAACAUUUUGUCAACCACUGCUACUCUACCUCACUACACACCCGUCAAAACACACACAACUGAAAGCACGGUCGCUGCCUGCUAACUGACUGUCACACGGCAUUCAUAACACAGGCACGGCAAGCGCUAGCAGGCGUACACACAGCGUGAUGUGUAACGCGCCGUGGCUGCAUUCAUCGUGUUGCUGGAAUUUUCUGGAACAUUACAAGGAUAUCGGGUUCCGUGGGCUGGGGUGCUGCUGUACACUAUUCGUGUCAGAUGGAGAGCGGAACGGCACGUUGCAAGUCGUUACCCAUGACAAGCGCGGUCAGCUCUUUAGCUGCCUGAUGUGCAGAGAUACAUGUAGAAGAGCUUAGAGGGUUAGAAGGAGAGAUUUUGUUUUGGAAUAAUUGUGCGUAUAGCCCACAGUUCUCCGUACUAGCUUUAUCGGGUUUAUGUAAGGUCACUUUCA